UCAGUUGAAAUUUGAAUUCUCCGAAUUGAGUCGAAUUCAAGACAAGUGGCAGUUAUCAGUGUAUUGUUUUCAUUCUCUUCUUUCAAAUACUUCUAAGCUGUUAACAACUGUUUUUCUUCAAUUGUGGCGGCUGUUUAUAUUUAUGCAUGCCGUAGAAACAAUAAUUUCUGUAAAAAACGAAAUUUGCAGAUUCAGCAUUUGUUCUAAGCAUAUAAAUAGACGACUAACAGAACACGAGCCGUAUUUUGUUGUUGGUGAUAGGUGAAACAGACGAUGUUCGCAAUGUGUGCCAAGAGUUGGCUGAUUUCAGCAACGAUAUUAUGUUGCAUGACUUUUGCUGGUGCUAUUCCAACUGAUAGGUCAACUGGAAUGUGUAGUCCAAAAGAUGACAUUGUUAUAAGUGUUGAACAAGAGAUUCCUGCUCAAUUGCCGCAUGAACCAUGCCUUGGUGACAACAACCAAAUUUAUAAAUUGGACACGGAUGGAUCAUUAGAAGACUAUUCGAAUGAGACCGAGUUUGGGCAAGAGCUAAUCGAUUUGUUAUUGCGAACAGGCGAAAUCCAGUUGAAAUCGAAUGAUGACGACGAUGUCGCAAAAGUUCGUCGAGAUGAAAAUUUAAAAAACGACCGCUACGACGAGUUGAUUAAUGCAUUCAAUGUUAUUCUGGAGGAGAUACUACGCCAAGGAAAACUAACGAAGCAUAUUGAUCAUCAGCAUCAUCACGACAAUGAUGAACCGAAGUACAAUCGAAUCGACGACAAUGCACAAGAUUCGCAGCGCAAAUCGAGGUCAAAAUGUACAACUGGAAGGUGUUUGAAUACAGUAGAAAGUGAGCUGCUUCGGAAAAUCAAAGUGCUAAACACCCAAUUGAACUCCCUCAUGCAAAGUUCGGGGAAUAAAAAACCAAAACGAGGCAGAAAUGACGGUGACAGUGAUUCAUUAGACGGUUUAAACGUGUUUGCGCUACCAAAUGUGAAUCAUUUCGGCAAAAACCCAAUUGCGAAGGCGGAUAAGAGUGACACAGAAGGAAAUAAAGUGGAACACAUUCCGACCACAGCUGAUGGAAAUCAUCAAAAAAGUGUGAAUCAACCAUGGAGCGGAGAUGAUUCGACCACGGUUGAUAAACAUAGUGGUAGUUCUGCACUUGAAAAACGUCAAGUCGAUGAAACACCUAAAUACCAACUCUCCAAAGAAAAUAACUACGGCUUUGAACGACCACAAUUUGUUAAAUAUGGCCCAAACGAGAAGCAUAAUUCCUAUUCGAAUGACAUUGCCGACCCAUCAACGACCGAAUCGAAUACCACUCCAGGGGCACCAAUCUUAGUAAGCGGCGGCAUAAAUAUUCCGAUGCGCAUUGUCAAAGGUCCAAAUGGUAAUUUCAACUUGGUAUUGGAUCGAAGAGCACUCUGUCAAAGUGGUCGGUGUAGAGCACGAAUUAAUAGCAACUAA